GGCUACCACUACAAUUCCUCCUUUUUUGCACAACUAUCAUUGUCAUAGAACGAUACCUUUUCGGUAACGUUCACCCAAAAUCUCCUACAAAAAGAUUUGGUUUAUUUCAAUAGACUGAUUCUUACCCCCAUUUGUUUUGGAAAAUUAUUUCUAUUCGCGAACAUUGACGGAAUAGACCCCAGCACAAGAAACUUUGACAAUUUAGAGAAUUGUUAUUGUUUGUUGCAACAAGCAGCGAGACGAGAGGUGUGUACUAGAAACUGCUAGUACUUGUACAUCACGAGGAGUGGAGAAAUUUGUAUUGAAAACAGCACCACCAAUACUAUUGUAACCACUAGAGACAAAAAAAUGGGAGGUUUUCGCUUUUUAUCGUUGAUAAAGCCCAUGAUGGGCAUGCUGCCUGAAGUGGCGCAACCGGAUAGACGAAUUCCGUUCAAAGAAAAAAUCUUGUGGACCAGCAUAUCACUCUUCAUUUUCUUGGUCUGCUCUCAGAUCCCGAUCUACGGUAUCAUGGGGUCCAAGUCCAGCGAUCCUCUCUACUGGAUGCGGGUAAAAAUAAAGGCUACUACUUACAACUUCUACGAGUCAUGAUCUAGUUGCUACUAUGAGAAGCAAACUUAUGAAAGAAAGACCAUCGAGAGAUGAUUGGUACAUUCCCCUUCCCCCUGUCUGGCCGGCCGUAUACUGGUGCGAUUGAUGCAGGUGCUCUUGGCGGAACUGCAAUUUAUGAAUAGUCAGUCCAGGCCUUGGGUGCUGGACUGACGCAUUUUUUGCGGGAGGGCAGAACGCCACGAUGCUCUGCGAGAAACCCCUCACAUGCGUCCCCACACGCAGAGAACUAGCAAUUUGUUUGCAAAGACAACGACAACGACAACAAUGUUCAUAGUGAUCUGUUUAAAACUUCAGCAAGGUUAGAAAUUGUUUUUCUCGUGAUAAUUACAACAGGUUCUGAUGGCUUCAAACCGUGGAUCAUUGAUGGAAUUGGGUAUUACCCCAAUCGUCACCUCGAGUAUGGUAAUGCAACUGUUAGCGGGAUCUCGAAUCAUCGAUGUCGAUCAGACGCUGAAGGAAGACCGUAACCUCUUCAACGGAGCCCAGAAGCUCUUCGCUUUGCUCAUCACCUUCGGAGAAGCAACGGCGUACAACUCACUAUUUUAGCAGCUAAGUAUGCUACUGAUUUUUAGUAGCUACAAGAACAAGAACGAGGUAGCUGCAAGAACAACGAGGACCACAAAGGACUUCAACAAAUAAUUGUCUAUAGGUUUACGUAGAUUUUUCUUCUUGUUACGUGGUUUUCACCUGGGGAGCAGUCGAGGGAAGAUUUUCAGUAGAAAUCGUUUUGUAAUCAGUCCUCAAAACAAUCAUAAUUGUCUCCUGUCACUUCUUGCUACCCCAACUGGCCAAUCUCAAUCAAUCGAUCGUGAGAAAAACUGCUUGUAAAAAUUCAUCGAACAGCUAUGUGUUGUCCGGUAUGUAUGGAGAUGUGCGAGAGCUCGGUGGAGGCAGCGCGAUUCUCAUCAUUAUUCAGCUUUUCUGGGCUGGUGUUGUUGUCCUGCUGCUAGAUGAGCUGCUCCAGAAGGGAUACGGAUUGGGCGGAGGUAACUGAUAAGUCGAUUGAAGCUCUUUUGUACUUAGAAGAAAAACACGUAGUCGAGUGUUUUGAUGUAGUACCACCAAACUGAAUUCUUGUAGUACCAUAAGGACAACCACUUUCAUUUAUCUACCUGUAAGUUGAUGUGCAUUAUUUGUGUGCAUCUCACAAGUGUAGAACUGGAUUCCCUAUUCAUGAAAUUUUUUCAGGUAUUUCGCUCUUCAUCGCGACAAAUAUCUGCGAAGCUAUUGUGUGGAAGACCUUCUCGCCGACAACUAUCAACACUGGAAAGGGAACCGAAUUCGAAGGUACUUUUUUUUCAUCACCAUGCUUGUGGCUGCGUGUAGUGUCGGAGCUCUCUUUUUAGCGUCAGUAUCUACACGAAGUUGAGAUUUUUGCACCUUGCUUUCCCGAUAAUAGUGACUUCCAAUAUGAAUUACAACCUCCUCCAGGUGCCGUGGUCGCUCUCUUUCAUCUGGUCUUUUCGAGACAGGACAAGCUGCAAGCAGUAAAAGAAGCGUUUUACAGGCAGUCAGCACCGAAUUUGACAAAUGUCUUCGCGACAAUCCUGGUCUUCCUCAUCGUCAUCUACUUCCAGGGUACUUAAUAUUUUUCUGCUUGUGUUAAUGUUUCAGCUGAAGUUUCUUAGGUUGCUCAAGCUCUUAUCAAAUCAUCAACAAUUGCAACUCACUUUCAGCAUCACCUGAACGAGCAACAUCACAUAUUGACGUAACAUCUUCUACUCAGGUUUCCGAGUGGAUCUCGCAGUGAAGUACCAAAAAGUUAGGGGACAGCAGGGUAGCUAUCCUAUCAAAUUGUUCUACACGAGCAACAUUCCGAUUAUCCUGCAGACCGCACUUGUCUCCAAUCUCUACUUCUUCUCCCAGCUGCUCUACCGCCGAUGGAAGAGCAACAUGUUGGUAACUUUUCCGUUCAAUGGCUCGUAGAAAUUGCUUAAUGUAGUUGAUGAAAGGUAAAGAGAAUGAAAAUGAGAAAUCCACUCGACUUGAGGUAGAAGUUUUCGUUUCUUCGCUUUUGUUGAUUAGAAGAUUAUCAAGAUUAGAAAACAAACAAACAAACAAGAUUAUCUUCAAACAAAGAACACUCUCAACAAGAAUAUCUUUUCAGGUCAACCUCCUCGGACAAUGGCAAGACCUGGACUACGGAGGUCAGAGCAUCCCAGUCGGUGGCCUCGCCUACUACAUCUCGCCGCCGAACAGCUUCAGCGAUAUUUGGGUACUACAUGAUUUAAAUUUGGAUGUCUAGCUGUUUUUUUUCUCGUCUCCAAUAGAAAUUUUUCGAAUGCAAAUUUCUCGUACCAUAGAAUCGCAGAUAUAGUAGAAGCUAAUUUAACCUAGGUCGUUAUGGUUGACAAUCCAUCUGUUGCCGACUUGUUCAAUGCCAAUCAGGUUAUUUGGCCAUCAGACUUGUUCGAUGAGUUUCAUAAGCUAGGCAACAUCUUGACUAGAGUGCUGUUGCGAGCGUUAGCUAGUUAGUUAGUAGAUGAGAAUACCAGCAGAUGCAUGCUAUUACUCAAGUAUUACGUUAGUUAGUCGAGUGCAUGCUAUGACUCAAGUACAACACCUUAUUCUUACUCAUCGUCUUGUGUGUGUGGUGUAUUCGUCACCUGUAUCGUAUUCAAGCUCUCAAUUCUUCGCCUAAAAAGCAUAUUGACAUCGUUCUCCAUUCGAUCCAGGUUGACCCGAUCCACGCUUUGUUCUACAUUUCUUUUGUGCUUUCGAGUUGCGCUUUGUUCUCCAAGACCUGGAUUGAGAUCAGCGGAAGCAGUCCUCGGGACGUCGCAAAGCAGCUCCGAGAUCAGCAGCUGUUGUUCAAGGGAUACCGGGAAACCUCAUUGUUGUCCGUCUUGAACCAGUACAUUCCGACCGCGGCUGCUUUCGGUGGUAUGUGCAUUGGUAUGCUGACCGUUGUCGCGGACUUCUUGGGAGCGAUCGGCAGUGGAACUGGAAUCCUGUUGGCGGUCACGAUCGUCUACCAGUACUUCGAAAUGGUCUACAAGGAGAAGGAACAGGGCAACUUGUUGUUCUAGAUCGAGGUCUAGAAGUACUAGUACCGAACUUCUGAAGAGCAGGUGGCUUGGAGGAAGACGAGGUGGAGAACGAGGUGGAAAUAAUAAGCAGGAGGCGAAAAAAAUAGACAUAAUCAGGAAGAGAUCGUGAGGUGGAGAAGCAAGCCAACUACUGCUUAUUUUGACAAGAAACCCUGUCCGACCAGCUCUCACGACUACUUCACUGCAGAAAUGCUUCAUGCCCACAUGACACCUGCGGAAAAGUAAGUAGCACCAUCAAUGGACCUGCAGCACCAAAGAGUACAACCUUCAGGAAACUAGGAAGAAUUAGACUGGCGUGCGGCCUUUUCAGGGACGAGGAAGGAUUUCGUGUCAAACUAGGCGGGCGUUCAGGCUUGACUGUGUGUACGUGUAGAGAUGUUUGGCAUGAUGGGAAUUCGUGUCUGCCGUUUCUCGUGGUUCUACUACUCUCCUUUCACGUACACUCUUCAGGGUGUGCCUACGAGGAGCGUGGUAGGACUCGGGUCCACAACAUAGUAGUCAUGUGUGAAACAUCGAUAUCACAGGCACACAUAAGUUGUCACAGUGUCUAGAAUAGUAAAAGAAGCAUAGUAGAUUCGACUAAGAGCGCAAAUCUAUAAUCUAUCAAAUCAACUACACAAACACUUGGUUCAAUCAUCAAAUCAGCUAUAGCAUUACUCAACGGUUCUAUGAAAAUUUCUAUUCUAUCCAACUUCUCACGCAUCGGUGAGAAACUUGAUUGUAUUGUAUUCUACUUGUCAUGAAUCUUCAAAUCAUCUCAAUAACGUCAUAAUCAUCUAGAAGGUCGCUAGCAGCUACAACUCCUCACAUCAUAUUUGUUAGCAGGUAGAUUGAUGAUUUUUAUACGGGCAUAGAAGUAUGAACAUCAUUCAUAACAUUCAUGUGUGUUCCUGGCGUUAUCGGCCUUCAAGGGUCAUGUGGUUGAGAAAUUAUAGUACCCAAAAAAGUGAGGCUGCUCGUCUUUCACUACCCACCAGACCACGCUUUGCUGGCGUCGAUCGUGCUGCUCUGUGUGUAUGAGCAGGAAACUACACAAAUCGCAUGAAAUGAAUGCUAUGUCGAAGUAGCUACUACAACAGGUGUGACGUCACUACAUGAAGACUCGCUGCAGAGGAACGCUGCAGAGUGAACCAUAUUGAUAUUUGAGUUGACGAAGAAGAGGCUAGUAUUGAUAAAAAAAAGGUUCAGACAGAGAUUUGGUGUGUUGUAAAUCGACAGAAGAUCCCAGAGGACAUACUGGGUCAAGAAACGGACUUUUGAUUGGCCGACUAGAUCGAUAAAUAGUUGCCUUGUCUUAAAAAAGUUGGCUAGGUCUAGGUCUAGAAGCACGUUGUCGUUGGAAAAAGCUGUUAUAAGAUGUGACUAUUCUAAGAAAGGUUAUCUAGAGGUGACAACACGCAAGAAUUGGCGAAUGUGACACAGACACUUUCAUUCAUGUUGCCGUAUGAUGAGACCUACAGUGAUUGACGGCAACAGCAUCGAUGCCAGUAUUGUAUGCUGACAUCAUGAGAUGACCCCUACCAAACGGACCCAGAUGAAAAGGACCCUCUUUUUAAUGUCGCCGCGGUGCUGUCGCCGUCGGUGAAGACGUGGCGGCUUGUUAGUGAAAUCGAAAUGGAUUUUAUUGACGUACGUACUCGAAUCAAGCAUGCUGAAACUGUGCUCGUGACGACGCAU